AUGUUGUGGAUGGCCGCCGAGUUCAACUUCAAUGUCGGGAUGCCGGACGAUAUGCCCGACGAGAUAUCCAACCAUGAUGACGACGAUGCCAACGAGGAAGACGUCAGGUCACAACUCGAGACAGACAGGCCCAUCCAGGCCAACCUCGACAAGAUGGUCAUCUACGAAGAAGGCGCCAUGUACGAGGCGCAAACCGACACCGAGGAGAUGAGCAAUGUCUUUGCUACACUUGUUCUCUGUCUCCCAUCCAAACACAGGGGUGGAGAGAUGGUGUUCGAGCAUGGCGGCCAAACACCAAAGGUCUACAAGUCUUUCUCAAUGUCCCAGUCCUUCGCCUUCUGGUUCCCGAGAGUAUCACACAAGCUUCUUCCCGUCACAUCGGGUUAUCGCUGGGCGCUAAUCUUUAAACUUGUCAUCGGCCCAGGCCCACUGCCUCCGCCGACAGAUCUUCUAAUCCCUGCCGAAAUCCAAGCACUGAAAGACUCUCUAAGACAGUGGCUUUCUAAAAGCACAGAGUCGCGCCUACACAAAUAUCUCUACUAUGUGCUGGACUCGCCCUACCCUUUAGGCUCUGGCCAGCGCAGCCUGAAAGGCCGAGACUUGGGCCACGCCCUGGCUCUCAAGGCGGCGUCUAACGAACUGCCCUUUGAGGUCUUCCUUGGGUCGUUGGACCGCCAGGUAGACACAGGAAUACAAACCCUAGGCGACUUUGAGGGCCACAUGGUAGCACAGGACCACCACGGAUUUUACGACGAUCAUGUUCUUAAUAUAGACACGUUCCUCCAACUUGAGGACAAAAUGAGCUGUUGGCAACAUACCCCUCGAUACACCGUGCUAUCAGCAGCUGUUCUCUACCAUGCUCAGGUCUUCCCUCAAAAAUUUCGUUGGCAGCGAGCCUGUCGAUACCCAACCGCUGCCGCGGGGCAGCGUAAGCUGUGA